CAGGCAAGAUUCGUGGAUUAAUGCACGAGAAAAGGGCUGUCGACCUUUCGAAAAACUUCUUCUUCAUAAUUAAUGCCGGAAUGAUUUGAUCGACGCUGCAGAAACGACGAAACUUUCGACAUAUCUUUCCUGCCGUUUUCUGGCGCGUUAUGUGCGCAGCUUUUCAUACUACUUGAUGAGACAAAGAAUAUCGAGCAGGAUCUGAAAGAUCACCGCCGAGAUGGCUAUGCGCAAGAGAAGUGGGUCUGGCUCUAAACGGCAGCACAAGGGAAAACUUGUGCCGAUAUAUGAAAGCUUUUUUAAAGGAGAAGACUUGACGUUGGCUCAUCCGAAUUUCUGGAAUGAAUUAUUUCUCAUCAAACCGAUGGUCUCUCAUAUCGAGAAUGAGAUUCUACGCAUGACAUCGGAGCAAUUAAAUGCUAGUAAGGAGAAUCUAAAUGCACUGGUUUGUCACUGCGUGGACACCCUCAUCGAUGAGCAUCCUUUUCGCGUGGUGUAUGCUUUGCAAACUUUGGCAGCUGUCAUUCAGUCGAUGUACAAAAAAGCUAGUCAGGGCGAUUGUAGUUUUAACUUAAUAGAUAUUCUAGUCGGCUUUGAUUCCGCAGAGCAGAGAAUGACAACAUUGAUGCAGCACUGCAACAAUUUCUUGACAGGUGAUUAUCCAGACAAUUUAAAAGCUCUGUGCCUGAAACUUUUAUUAAUUAUCGCGACUGGUACUGACAACGUCAGCCAAAAUACUCUGUUGGAAUAUAUAAUGCUUAACAGCGCGUUUGAGUCUCUGAUACAAUUACUGCGAGACACCACAGCAAGGAACCGUCAUGGCAAUGAUGCGAUUCUUUUAUUGACUCUCCUCGUCAAUUACAGGAAACAUGAGAGUGCGAACCCUUAUAUAGUGAAGCUGUCAAUUCUUGACGAUGAACUUGCCUUGAAUGGCUACGGACAAGUGAUAUCCAGCUCGCUGACAGAAUUCUGCAGACAAUUUGCCCAACAAAAAGCAGAAAUCCAGGCAUCGUGGCUGUCAUCUUUGACAAGUAUGGUGGGCAGCAUGUUUGUCGGAGAAGAGGAGGCCAAAACGCAACAGAUUCGAGCGAACAAUGCGCUUCUAUUGGCUUUAUACGAGGCGACUCACUUAAAUCGGAACUUUGUUACAACUCUAGCGUACACUCAAAGCGACACAAGUGCUCCACCUUCACCGAACAAUACUUUGGGACCCAACGCUGUGGCCCCCGGAGUGCAACCUCCGGAUGUGAUGGCGCAGCCAUUCAAUUUACUUGCUACCUUCUUCCAAUACUGUUCAAUCGUCAUGCAAGCUUUGAGGACGGAGGCUAUUAUGAAUAACGUCAAGCUGUGUUUUUUAAUACUGAGCUGCAUUGCAGAGGAUCAGUACGCUAAUAGUUUAAUGCACGAUGCGAAUUUGGCGUUCAGAGUGCAGUUACACAGAGUGCCGAUGCAUCAUAGGAAGAUUCACGAUAAACUGGCGCCUACGCAACCCUUGGCUGCUACGCUACUUGACCUACUCGUCGAGUUUGUUACUUCACAUAUGAUGAAAAAGUUCCCUCUGGAGCUUUAUCUUCAGUGUAUCGGAGUCCUGCAGAGACUACUUUGUUACCAGAAACGAUGCCGAGUCAGGCUCAGCUAUCAGUGGAGAGAUCUUUGGACGGCGUUAAUAAAUCUCCUGAAGUUCUUAACGACGCACGAGAGUCAUUUAGUGAAAAAAAUGAACGUCUUUCCUUUAGCUAUUCAGGUUGUCAAUAUUUUAAACCUGUUUAUCACUUAUGGCGAUACGUUCCUAUGGUCGCCGAGUAGCUACGAUGAGCUGUUCUAUGAGAUAAUUAGGAUGCGUCUAAUCUUUACAAAUUUAAAUGCAAUGGCUCUUAGGUAUUCGACCAGUGAGUCUUACGAGUUCAAAGAGCAUGCUUUGAAAUUAACCAACGCUUUGGUUAACAUUCGUGACAUCGUUAAUCACUUUCCACCAAAGAUUGCGGCAUGGUUGGCCAGUGAAAGUCUUUCUACACCGACUGAACAACAGAUCUUGGCUAUUAUUAUACAAAAUUAUGACAGCGUUACACUGAAGUUGCAGGAUAACUUGGAUCAGUAUGAAAGAUAUUCGGAGAAACCAAAGCACACGUCUUUCUUUGAAGAGAUGGUCACCGGAGUUGUGAUCGAUACCAGAAGCUCGAUCGAUCUCACCGCUCUUGAUACGCAGGCAAUUUUACAAGAGCUGUCAAACAUUUCGUAACACAAGUGGAAGUCAUUGAGAAGGGACAAGAUCAUACAACUUCACGUCAGUGUACAGAAACAUUCUAUAUUAAUAUUGUAGUUCUAUGUGCAUUCCUACAGUGUGCAAAGAUAAAUGUACAAUAUCGAAAUUAACGGUAAAGUAUUCUUUCAGGAUUUAUUAUAUAUAAAUCGAGGCUAUGAAUCGUCA